AUGGUGAAGCAGUCGGACCGAGCCCCGCUGCUGGACUGGGAGGAGAUCCCCCCGCCGCCCGACCCCAGCCAGGCGGGCCCGCUGCAGCCGCCGCCGCUGACAGAGGACGCUCCGGCGGGGAAAAGUUCGAAGGCACCCGGCGGGACCGCGCCUGGUCCUGGGUGGGGCACCGCAACAAAAACCAAGAUCUGCAGCCCGUCCAAGGCGGUCACAGCUGUUGUUGCCAGCGGGGACCGGAGCCCGGGCCGCCCGCUGACGGAUCCCCGCGGGCCGGGGUGGACUCGUCCGGAGCCUCUGGGAGCGGAUCGUCGUGUUCCCUUCCCCGGCCUCUCGGUGAGGGAUCAGUGGGAGGAGAAGGACCAGAUCGUGGCUGUGUUUGUGGUCACGUUCGAUACGAGAUCAGGGAACAUGGUGGAGUGGUGCCUGCCUCAUGACAUCAACCUUGACGGAGUGGAAUUCAAGUCGAUGGCCAGUGGCUCUCACCGGAUCACCAGUGACUUCAUUUAUUUCCGUAAAGGCUGUUACUUCGGCCUGGCCUGUUUCGCCAACAUGCCUGUGGACAGUGAGCUGGAGAGGGGGGCGAGGAUGAAGUCUGUGGGAAUUCUGUCUCCGUCCUACACCCUGCUGUACCGCUACAUGCACUUCCUGGAGAACCAAGUCCGACUCCAGUUGAAGUGUCCAGGCCAGUAUUCUCCACUGGAGGCCUUCUACGAGGACAAGAAGGCCGUCCUUCCCCCGACAGGAAAUGGCCUGGUCACCGCUUGUCCGACCUGGAGUGUCACCACCAUCAACCGCUGCAUGCACCCAGAAAUGAAGAUCACCCACCCUGCGGGCUGCAUGUCCCAGUUCAUCCAGUUCUUCGGGGAGCAGAUCAUGGUGCUGUGGAAGUUUGCGUUGCUGAGGAAACGUCUCCUCAUCUUCUCCCCUCCGCCUGUAGGUGUGGUCUGCUACAGGGUUUACUGCCUUUGCUGCCUGGCCAACGUGUCUCUACCUGGAGUCGGCGUCUCUGUGCCUGAGUUGCGUCCGUACUUCUACAUCAACAUAGCCGACAUCACCACACUGGAAACAGAGAUGUCAUAUGUGGCCUGUACCACAGAGAAGAUCUUUGAGGAGAAGAAGGAUCUGUACGACGUCUACAUCGAUAACCAGAAUGUGAAAACACACAGGAGCCAUUUGCAGCCGCUGCUCCGGCUGAACGCGGCGGACAAGGAGAAGUACAGGAAACUGAGUGAGCAGAGACAACUGCUGCUGUACUCGCAGGAGGUGGACGGAGACUGCACGUCUAACGAGGAGGAUCUUUUCAUUCUAUUCUUCAUGGAGCUGAACAACCGCAUCUUCCAGACCCUGUCCGAGGUGGCAGGGAGCUCUGACCCCACCCUAACCGCUGAUCACGUGAGAGCCAUGGGGCUGGAUCCCCAGUGUGACCGCUCCUUCCUGCUCGACCUGCUGGAGGUGUACGGUAUCGACGUCGCCCUGGUCAUAGACAACCUCUGUUGCUCCUGAGCCCCCCAUCCUCCUCCUCACUCAGCCUGGGAAUCUCAGGACGUCACUGGAUUAUCUGUGCCUUCAAGGCCCACACACACCAAGACACUGAAGACACUGCCUCCACCCUGGGGCUUCAUCUGCCGCCUGCUGUACUCUGCUGGGUGUGUGUUCCCCCCCCUCCCCGUGUUUGUGUCUCAUCUGACCUGUAGAGACCGUUUCCAGCCAGCGUGGGUAAAAAGGACACCUAGCGUUGGUGCACGCCCCUUAGAGCCUUUCACAUCUUCCAUCACUUCUGUGACUCCUUGUUUGCUCUUGACUGACUCAGAUUCCCAGCUCACGUGGCCAGGCUUUAAGCACUGGAAAACAUAAACCUGUCUGGAUAAGGCCUGGUCAUCGCAGCAGGAUGCUCAGUCGCUC